CCAGGCAGCUCUCUGGUGUAGAGGCUUGCCUGGUGAUUGCCGCUGUAUAAAAGGUACACAUAAAACAACCGCAAACUGCUCCUCAGUUUUCGUGCAUCAGCAAUCCUGCAGCCGGAGGCCAGCCCGCUGUGUGACAGCCUGAGGGAGUGUUGCUUUCCUCCCCGUUUUGUUAAACGUAUCUAGGGGGCCGCUUAUCCGACAGCAAGGAAACCUGGUCUUUUAAUCCCAGUACUUCAGCUCAUGGUGAUGGAUGAAUUUGCAGUGGAUGCUGUAAACAAGUGGAGAUGAGGAACUACAACCCCCAGAAUUCCUAACAGGGGUGUUUGGGGUGGGAGGCUCGUACGGUUGGUUAGUGGGAACUGAAUUACGUUUCUGCCUUUAGGUAGAGAAUUGAACUGUUCUUGGUUACUGGGUGGAAAAACAGGCACCAGUAGUGAAGUUUAUUUGGUUACAUUCUGACCCGUCCAACGGAACUGAAACUAGGUAGCUUUGUGAAAGCGGGGAAAAAGGAGGAGAGGGGGGGCAAAUUUGAGACUUAGACAAAGAUGUGUGUGCUUUCGUAAUGCACUGACGUACAACAAAUUUGUACUUUUCAGUGUGAGAGGCAGGCAAAACGGAGAGGUACGUAAACAGAAAGGCAGGCAUAUAGGCAGGUAGAAAGGUAAGCAGACAGACACACUUAAAUAGGCAAACAUGGGGGAAUGGAGCUUCCUGGGCGAGCUGUUCCACACCCUGCAGGCCCAUUCUCCCAUGCUGGGCCGGUUCUGGCUGCUGCUGAUGCUGAUCUUCCGGAUCCUGAUCCUGGGCACGGUGGCGAGCGACCUGUUCGAGGACGAGCAGCAGGAGUUUGUCUGCAACACGCUGCAGCCGGGCUGCAAGCAGGUGUGCUACGACGCCGCCUUCCCCAUCUCACACUACCGCUUCUGGGUCUUCCACAUCGUGCUCAUCUCCACCCCUGCCCUCGUCUUCCUGGUGUACGCCGCGCACCACGGUAAAAACCUGGAGGGCGCAGGGGAAGAGGAGAUAGGAGAAGAAGAGAAGGGCGGGGGGGCGGCUAGCAGGGCCCCGGGCUCCCAGGCUCGCUGGCUGGGGCUCCUCUACCUGAUCAACGUGGCUUUCCGUCUGCUGGCGGAGGUGGGGUUCCUGGCUGGCCAGUGGUGGCUGUACGACUUCAGGGUGAAGCCCCUGUUCAUCUGCACCAGGUUCCCCUGUCCCCACACUGUUGACUGCUUCCCCUCACGCCCCAUGGAGAAGACCAUCUUCCUGUGCUUCUACUUUGGGGUAGGGCUGGUGUCUGCGCUGACCAGCGUGCUGGAGCUGGGGCGCAUCCUGUUCAAGAGGGGGUGCUGGGGCAGAGGGAGGGGAGUGGGAGUGGGGUACGCCACACAGAACCACCUAAAUAUUGAGCAUGAAGGCACCAGAACCAGCCCCUCCUCCCCAAGGGCACCCCAGACAGGACCCGCCCCCCUCAGCAGGUGUAGGUGCAGCAGCCCCCCUUUGCUGGGGUGCAGGCUCUGUACGGAACCGCCCCGCUCCCUCCGAAAAGGGGAUCCCGUUGAAGCAGAAGCGGCCGCAGCAGGUUUCUGAAAACAAGCCAAUGGAACCUCUUGAACGUUCUAUUCUGACAUAGUCUGCUGUUCUACCUCCUUUCAAACCUGUAUACAGCUGUUUGGCAUCACACUACAGAAUGAACUCAUUGCUUUAUAACUACAAAUGAACCCUGCUGAAUAAUGUUAACAUAUUGACUUACAUACUGCUUGAAGGGAGCUGGAAGUAGGGCUGCUGGCUUUGCAUGGUGUCUGUCAUAUACAGGGGUUACAGUUUUGUUCAAUGGCUUCUAUCAUAUACAGGGGUUACAGUUUUGUUCAAUGGCUUCU